AUGACCGAUAGCACUGUAUAUCGUACUGCCAAGAAAAAGAGGGCCAUAGAUCGACAGAUACAACUUUUGAACGAAGAAGAUGAAGUGGAUAGUGAUGAUGACAACAGUGAAAUUGAUAACGAUGAAGAGAAUGAGAGCGACGAUGAACAAGAAGUACCAAAAGAUCCUCUGGAAAAAGAUGGAUACGAACGAUAUUUCCAAGAUUUGCAUGCAUUGAAUAAGACAUCAAACAACACUCUGUCUAAGCUUCCAAUAUUAGACCCUCAAGAGUUCAAGACGAAGCUGUCGCAGGCUCCGAAAAAGCACGCCAAAGAUAUCGCUAUAUUGCACUCUCUCCAUGAACGACAAUUUCCACAAUGGCAAUUCGAGCUUUUAUCACACUACAACUUGCUUUUCUACGGAUAUGGAUCUAAGCGAAAAUUGUUGACCAAAUUUGCACAGACCUAUCUCACGGAUGGACCUCUGAUUGUUGUGAACGGCUACUUCCCUUCCAUCACCAUCAAGGAUAUAUUGAAUAAGUUAUCCAUAGGUGCGCUUGGUAUCAACUCCCCGACUGGAUCCAUUCAAGACCAUGUCAGCCUGAUUAUGGAACAUUUCCAAAGAGGCGAAAAUGAAUAUGAGCAUAUUUAUUUAUUGAUUCAUAACAUUGAUGGCGCAAACAUACGAAAUGAGCGAGCGCAGACAGCACUAUCCAUCUUGGCAUCUUGUCCAAAUAUUCACAUCAUUGCAUCUAUUGAUCACAUAAAUGCUGGACUUUUAUGGGAUAGUAUCAAGAUAUCGCGAUUCAACUGGAUUUGGCACGAUGCUACGACGUUCGAUGACUAUUUGGUGGAAACCAGUUUCGAAAACACGCUCAUGGUUCGACAGAGUGAAUUAGGAGGAUCACGCGGUGUCAAUUAUGUUUUAGCAUCAUUGACAAGCAAUGCAAGAGGUAUAUUCAAGGUAUUAGCAGAGCAUCAAGUCAUGGAAAUGGAACUGGCCACCAUGGAAGGACGAGGCGACGAAAGCGUUGGUUUGACCUACAACGCCUACUAUACCAAAUGUCGAGAGGCGUUCUUUGUUAGCAACGACAUCACGUUCCGAACACAGCUUACUGAAUUCAGAGACCAUAAAAUUAUACAAAGUAGAAGAACUUUAGACGGAACUGAGAUUAUGUACCUUCCUCUAGACAAAUCUACCCUCACAAACAUACUUGAAUCCAUUUCAUAA